AUGUCGAAUCUUGGACUCGUGAGAUCGUGGAAGUCUCCGGGAAAAUCGCAGUCCGACAAAUUGGAAGCUCCUCUGAAUUUCGAUGUGAGUGUAGCAAAUCUCUAUUGGUGCAAAGCUUCACCAACACAAAGUCAAUCACAGUCAGGAACAAUUCUAAUCUCUUUAUGCUUUUUCUUGAGAACGGCCAAUUAG